ACUUGCAGCUUUGUUCUAUUUGUAAAAUGAUCUUUCCAGUUACUAAACACUGUGUUUCUUUGCCGUUAAUGCAGUCCCCAUCACUAAGCCUUACCUCUUGCUGAGUGACGUAUCUCCAGUGGAAGGAUCUACAAUGUGGAUGCGCUGCAAUUUGGAAAAUGGGACUGGACCGAUCCAGUACGUGUGGCAACAUGAAACCCGCAGUGGUAACAUCACGAUCAUCGCACAAGGCGACAGCAGUGUUAUCAACGUGACCGACGUCAACCGCAACCACACCGGCUGGUACCGCUGUGUGGCCAGCAACGCAGUUAACAGUGAAAGCUCCAACCGCUUGUGGCUGGACACCAUCUUUGGCCCGGACAUUCCUCAGAUAAACGUGACUCCGUACAGUAUAACAGAGCGGGGUUACUCGGCUCUGGAGAGAGAGACUGUUUCUUUGGUGUGUCAGGCCCAGUCCAAUCCAGCCAGUCAGUAUGUCUGGUACUACAACAACUCACAGGUCUACAGCGGGCCGCAGUACACCAUCACCAAGAUCCUCCGCAUGCACACUGGCGACUACGCCUGCUUGGCUCAGAAUACCUACCUUAACACCCUCUCCAAAAAAACCAUCAGCCUGACCGUCUACUACCCCCCUGAUGGCUCCCCGUCCUGUUCUGUGGAGCCGGCUCUGAAUCACACCUCUCUGAGGCUGCUGUGCUCCUGGCCUGGUGGAUUCCCCUCACCUUCCCUCCACUGGACUGGAGACCUGAUACAAGACCAGUCCAACACAGCCCAGCAAACAAGUUCAGCCUCCAGCACUACCAUCAUGCUGCCCUCUGGAGGCCUGACUUCUAAUAACAGCUUGUUCACUUGCCUGGGCUCCCAUGCUGCCCUGAAACAGUCGACACAGUGCAGCACACGCACAUAUAUUCCCCCUGCAGAGCCACUGUGUUUUGCUUAUGUGAUUAAUGACAAACAGUACUUGAUGCUAUCCUGCUCCUGGGAGGGAGGGGCCCCAAAAGCCUUGGUGUGGUGGGAGGGCCCUGAAGGUCAGAGCAAAGGUGGGGAACAAACCUCCAACAUCCUGAUUCUCCGCUAUGGCACAGCUCGCAGUGGGAAACCUUACACCUGCUACGCUAAACACCCGCUUCUGGUGGAAACCAAGACCUGCAGACUCACACUGGAGGCACCAGUGCUGCAGACACAGCGCAGAGUCGUGUCUGUGUACGAGGGGAGCGACGUUCAGCUUACCUGCAGUCUGAGAGCCAACUACCUUCCUGUCAAUGAAAUCACCUGGUUUAAUAAUCAGGGUGUCGGUGUCCAAGACACCUCAAAGUACAUGCUUCUGAGAACGCCUGCAUGGGCCAAUCUGACUGUGAGAGACACCGAUGAAACUCAAGACAGCGGCGAGUACAGGUGCUCCACUUCCAACGCAGUGGGAGGAACCGAAAUCAAUAUCACUUUAGUCAUCAAGAAGUACCCCAUGCCACCCAAUGCAACCCUGGUCAGAGUGAUGUACACCAGUCGACAGCGUAAUGAGGUGGAGCUGGAGUGGGUGGUGGAGAACCAGGAAGCAGGAGGUUGGACAGGUUUCUUCCUGGAGCACCGAUGGAUGUCUGAGCGACCACAAAGGAAAGGAAGUGGGAAUGAGGAGAAAGUUGGUCCCGUAGUCUGGUACCGUAACAUCCUCCAGGAUCCAGCUGUCAGGAUUUAUACAGUGGGGAGCCUGACGCCAACGGUUACCUACCAGUUUCGCAUCAUACCGGUGAACCACCGCACUGUGGGACACCCUUCUGCUGCACAGACUCCAGCUGAACCACGCUACAAUGUGUACCCUGCUGUGAUUGGAGCAGCUAUCGGUGGGAUGCUCUUUGCAGCCAUUCUCACGGUUCUGCUGCUCAUGUACAUAAUCCGCAACCGCAACAACAACCCUAGACUACAUGACUUGUUAUUUGGCAGGCAGCACAGCCAGUCAAGGGAAAACAUCAACUUCCCAGAAGAUGAAGUGGUCAGCAGGUCAGAGGGAGGAAUAGAGGAGACUGGUGGAUCAUCCAGUCUAGGUCCAGUCAUGGCUUUACCCCGGGCAUCUUCACCCCUCACUUCUUCACCUAUGAGUGCCACCCUAACACCCACCAGCCAAGCCCCUCCCCCUGGAGACGAUAAUGAGCCAGUCAGCGUCACCAUCACCGUCAAGGCAACAGGCUCAUAGUCAUAUAUCCGACCCAUCCAGCUGGAAAAGCACAAAAGUCUUGAGCCAUCUCCCAUUUCUUCAUAUUUUGCUUCCAAGGAGACAGCAAUACAUCUUCAGGCUUUCUGAUGGGUUUUUCUUUGGACAUUGGCUGCUUUUUCACUCAUUUUCAGUCCAGUCCUUGUACCUGAGCAUUUUCACAUUAAUGUUUUUAACACUGAUAAGAAAGCUCACUGUUGUGUCACAUGUGACAUUAAACACAGCAAAGAGUCAGUUUGAAAUCAUGUCUUUGGGCACCCUGUUAAUAUCAGGUUUUCAUGAAAACAUUAUUUGUUCAUAUUUCUUUGUUUCAAUCUGUGAAAAAAAUGGACAAGCAGAGGACAAAAGAAGUGGCAGGCCUAAAGGUUAUUUACAGCAAAUGAACAGUAUCUGAAAGUCAUGUCCAUGAACAAAUCCAGCAAAGACCUGAAACAGGACCAAGAGAUCAGACUUGAUCAGAAAUGUGUCAUCUGAAGCGUGGCUGUCAAAAAGCCAUUCUUAAAGAAGAAAAACUGGGAGAAUAGACUGAGGUAUGCCAAAAUACACAAGAACUGGACUGAAAAUGUGUGGUAACAGUUCUUAUGGAGUCACGAAUCCAAAUUUGUCAUGUUUUGCUGAAAUUGUCAUCAAUACAUACAGAGGAGGUCAGGAGAGAGGUACAACAGUGAGGGUCUACAGCCAUCUGUAAAACACCAUGGAAGCUCUGUCGUGGUUGGAGCAGCAUUUCAGCCUGUGGUGUUGGAGCUUUUCUAAACCGAUGAAAUUAUGAUGAGCAAAGUACUACUGUUUUGAUCCAACAUGCAACAUCAUCUGUAAAGCAUCUCAUUGGCAAUAACUUUUCAGAAGGACAAUGAUCCCAAACACACUGCCAGUAUAAUAAAAGCUUACAUAAACAGAAAAAACACAGUGGAACACUAUCAGUCACAAAUUGGCUUCCCCAGACCUGUAUCUUUAUAUUAUUGAAGCAGUGUGGGAUCAUGUUGACAGAGAUCCGAAUAAAA